UGAACCCCCUUCGUGUCUCCCACAGUGAACAUCGUCCUCACUGGGCGGCUCAGCAGCGCGGUUCCUGCCUUGGCUGCCUGCAGCGGGAAGCUGGAGCAGCACACAGAGCGGCGCGGCGUCAUCUACAGCCCGGCCUGGCCCCUCAACUACCCGCCCGGCACCAACUGUAGCUGGUACAUCCAGGGCGACCGUGGGGACAUGAUCACCAUCAGCUUCCGCAACUUUGACGUGGAGGAGUCUCACCAGUGCUCCCUGGACUGGCUCAUGCUGGGCCCCGCGGCCCCGCCCCACCAGGAGGCCUUCCGGCUGUGCGGCUCCGCCAUCCCGCCCGCAUUCAUCUCUGCCCGGGACCACGUCUGGAUCUUCUUCCACUCCGACGCCUCCAGCUCCGGCCAGGCCCAGGGCUUCCGUCUCUCAUACAUCCGAGGGAAGCUGGGCCAGGCCUCUUGCCAGGCAGACGAGUUCCGUUGUGACAACGGCAAGUGCCUGCCGGGCCCCUGGCAGUGCAACACCGUGGAUGAGUGUGGCGAUGGCUCUGAUGAGGGCAACUGCUCGGCACCUGCCUCUGAGCCACCGGGCAGCCUGUGCCCUGGGGGCACCUUCCCCUGCAGCGGAGCGCGCUCCACGCGCUGCCUGCCUGUGGAGCGGCGCUGUGACGGCACGCAGGACUGCGGCGACGGCUCCGAUGAGGCUGGCUGCCCCGACCUGGCGUGCGGCCGGCGGCUGGGCAGCUUCUAUGGCUCCUUUGCCUCCCCAGACCUGUUUGGAGCGGCCCGCGGGCCCUCAGACCUCCACUGCACGUGGCUGGUGGACACGCAGGACCCGCGGCGCGUGCUGCUGCAGCUGGAGCUGCGGCUGGGUUACGACGACUACGUGCAGGUGUACGAGGGCCUGGGCGAGCGGGGGGACCGCCUGCUGCAGACGCUCUCCUACCGCAGCAACCACCGGCCCGUGAGCCUUGAGGCCGCCCAGGGCCGCCUCACUGUGGCCUACCACGCCCGUGCCCGCAGCGCCGGCCACGGCUUCAACGCCACCUACCAGGUCAAGGGCUACUGCCUCCCAUGGGAGCAGCCGUGCGGGAGCAGCGGCGAGGGUGAUGAGGGUGACCCGGGCGAGCAGGGCUGCUUCUCGGAGCCCCAGCGCUGUGACGGCUGGUGGCACUGCGCCAGUGGCCGUGAUGAGCAGGGCUGCCCCGCCUGCCCGCCUGACCAGUACCCCUGCGAGGGUGGCAGCGGCCUGUGCUACGCGCCUGCCGACCGCUGCAACAACCAGAAGAGCUGCCCCGACGGCGCCGACGAGAAGAACUGCUUCUCCUGCCAGCCUGGCACCUUCCACUGUGGCACCAACCUGUGCAUUUUUGAGACGUGGCGCUGCGACGGCCAGGAGGACUGCCAAGAUGGCAGCGACGAGCACGGCUGCCUGGCAGCGGUUCCCCGCAAGGUCAUCACGGCCGCCCUCAUCGGUAGCCUUGUCUGCGGCCUGCUGCUCGUCAUCGCCCUGGGCUGCGCCUUCAAGCUCUACUCGCUGCGCACGCAGGAGUACAGGGCCUUCGAGACCCAGAUGACGCGCCUAGAGGCUGAGUUUGUGCGGCGGGAGGCUCCCCCGUCCUACGGGCAGCUCAUCGCGCAGGGCCUCAUUCCACCCGUGGAGGACUUUCCCGUCUACAGCGCUUCCCAGGUCUCGGUGCUACAGAACCUGCGCACGGCCAUGCGGCGACAGAUGCGCCGGCAUGCCUCCCGCCGCGGGCCCUCCCGCCGCCGCCUCGGCCGCCUGUGGAACCGGCUCUUUCACCGGCCGCGGGCACCGCGCGGCCAGAUCCCGCUGCUGGCCGCUGCGCGGACCUCACAGACGGUGCUGGGCGAUGGGCUCCUCCGGCCGGCACUGGGGGCCGCCCCGGACCCCCCGGCACCCCUCACGGACACGGGCAGCCCCAGAGCAGCUGGGGACAGGCCCCCCAGUGUCCCCUGCCAUGCACCAGAGGUGGGACCUUCCGAGCUGCCCCCCUCAGGCCUGCGGGACCCGGAGUGCAGGCCAAUGGACAAGGACAGAAGGGCCUGCAGGGACACUCUGGUGGACAGCCCAGCCCCUGUGGACACGCCUUGGGAGCCCUGCUCGGCCCAGGACCCUCACUCUCUGGCCUCCUCGGCCAGCAGCACCCUAGGCCCCCACCCGCCAGAGCCACUGGGUAUCUGCGGGAGCCCCCCGCCACCCUGCUCCCCAGCGUUGGAGGCCAGUGAUGACGAGGCCCUGCUGGUGUGCUGACCUGCUGGACACGCUGGCGACCGCCACAGCCCCGCUUUGUAACCAGGGAAUACACAGUCGUUCCUGCCCUG